CUACGAAGCUUGGCGGCGUUACACACCCAGCAGCUGCUGUGGAAACAGCCUACUUGCGAUGUCUGGGCAGGAGAUAAAGAAGGCUUCCAGUGGGAAAAUCCCCGGCGCGGUACCCCGAAGGCCGUUCCAUAGGGUCAUCGAUGGCGUACCACGCUGCGCCUGGUUGGAUGCUGACAUUUACCGCGAGAGCUUGAAGUUUCAACCUGCAAAAGGCGAUUUAAUUCAAUGCACGUACCCUAAGAGCGGAACAUACUGGGUGCAGUACAUAAUGCAACUCAUCCUCAAGAAUGGCGAGCCUGUGAAGACGUACAAUGAGUUCACAAGCCACACUCACGCCCUAGAGUACAUGAGACACGAUGACUGGAAGUCCGCACUGCCUAUAAGAUUGUUCUUCACUCACUUGCCGGUUUGUGAAGACAAAAUGAACAAAGAAGUCAAGUACAUCUACUUGGCCCGAAACCCUUGGGACGUAUGCGUUUCGUUCUACAACAUGGUGACAGAUGUAAGCAUCUGGAACUUUCAAGAUAGCACUUUUGAGGAGUUUGUAGACGCAUUUCUGGAGACUGAUCUAGGUUACGGUACCUACUUUGACCACGUCGCCACUGGCUACGCCUUGAAGGACACGCCGAAUUGUCUGUUUAUAACCUACGAAAGUAUUAAACGAGACACCCGCGGUGCUGUUCUGCGAUUGUCACAGUUCUUGGGGGAGCAGUACUUUAAUGUUCUGCAACAAAACGAGGAACUCCUCGAGAAGAUUGUAGAGUUGAGUAAACCGGAGUACUCCCGUGAUGUAUUGGUUAUAGACUUUCAGAACAACAAUUCAGAUGAAUGGAAAAAUAUAUUUCUUAGGAACAAGCUGUCCUGUCAGCGAGGACACCGAGGCGACAAAACCAAGUUUCCCAUGGUGAGGACGGCCAUAAUUGGUGGCUGGAAAGAGUACUUCACACCGGAGCUUCUCACUCAUAUGGAGAAGAAGAUUCGAGAACAAGGAGACAAUGCUGCUUUUAUGGAGCUGUGGAAAGACAUCCGAGAAGAGGCACUGGCGAUGUCUGAUAUCUCUCAGUGAUAUCAACAAAGUGGAUGUUCAUUAUAUAGAAGCAGAGGCGGAUUCUUCGGGUGCAAAUGACUGGCGACUGGCAGCCUCUCGUAAGCUUAUAAAACAGUGUGUCUCAUCAUUUAUGAAAAAGUAAGAUAUGUAGUGGUAUCAACUUUUAUUUGACUGAUUUACUUGCCUGGUGCCUCAGUGUGGCUCUACGCAGGCAGCGAUUCUUUCAGCAUAAAAAAGAGACUCUAUUACUGCACGGCUAACUUGUCCUACAUCUUCACAGGUGCAAAUGGAGUGCGAAGUACACAUGGACGUUCAUAAGGAUGAAGUGCGUGCGGAUUAGCUCUUGUAUUUAGCGAGAAAGUUGUCACGGCUAAACUUGGGGGGUUUCGAUUGACAUAGAGUUUUGCCUUAAGAAUCUGUUUUAACGCUCUUGUGUGAUAUUUAAUAAUAAAGGUUAAUGAGUAAGAUUC